UGCUGGGGGCGGCACUUCCCUCCCGCCUCCCGCAGCCAUGGCGGCUCCCGGCGGGAUGGUGCCGGUGCUGGCAGGGCUCUACUUGGGCGGCGCGGAGUCGUGCUCGUCCCCAGAGGCGCUGUCGGCGGCGGGGGUGGUGGCGGUGCUGACGGUAGACGCGGAGGAGCCGCCGGCCGUGCCGGGGGUGCGGGCCAUGCACGUCCGGGCGCGGGACGAGCCCGGCGCGGACCUGCUGAGCCGCCUGGAUGAAUGCGCCGCGUUCCUGGGCGCGGCCCGGGCGGGUGGCGGCGCCGCGCUCGUCCGCUGCCACGCCGGGGUGAGCCGCAGCGUGGCCGUGGUCGCCGCCUACCUGAUGAAGACGCAGGGGCUUGGCUGGGAGGAGGCGCUCGCCGCUGUCAGGGCCGCCAAGCCGGACGCGCAAGUGAACCCGGGCUUCCAGGGGCAGCUGAAGCUCUACGAGGCGAUGGGCUGUGCUGUGGACACCAGCAGCGUCCUGUACAAGCGGUACCGGCUGGAGAUGCUCAGCGAAAGGUUCUCUGAACCUCAAGACUUGCCCCGAGAAGUCUUUGCAGUUGAUCCUACCACUAUAUGUCAAAAUUUGAAAACAGAGUUUCUCUACAGAUGCAGGAAAUGCAGACGUGCUCUGUUCCGUAGUUCCAGCAUUUUGUCCCACACAGAAGGAAGCAGACUGACAGCGUUUGCCCACAAGAGGAUAACAGACUCUGCACGGCUGUCUGGGAAUGGCCAGGAAAAGUGUACCUCAUACUUCAUCGAGCCCGUGCAGUGGAUGGAACCAGCAUUGCUUGGAGUAAUGGAAGGACAGCUUCUGUGUCCCAAAUGCAUGUCGAAGUUGGGUUCCUUCAGCUGGAGAGGGGACCAGUGUUCCUGUAGCCGUUGGGUGACUCCGGCCUUCCAGAUCCACAAAAGUCGAGUGGAUGAAGUGAGGACACUGCCAGCUGGUAACUUCCAAAUUGCCAAAACCUGAACUCAUCACUUCACUUGAUUUCUUAAUAUCUACUGAGAACUAUUAGUCCAUGGUUGCCAGGAAAUGAGCUUAUGACUUCCACCCGUUUGUGAGGUGGUAGAAUUACUUGAACACCUUCAGCUUGCUGUAUUUCUUAAUAUGUUCUAGAAAAUAGGUUGUGAUGUUUUUAGUGUAUUAAUUUAUGUGUUGCUAUUCACAGAAGGUCUCAACUCCUUCUUCAAAAGGAGUUGCUGUGCCCAGUAGUGCUGCUCAGCUUCUAAUCCAAAGUGUCAAGUGCCCUAAAACGGUACAAUUACAGUAAUUUCACGAGUAUAAGGCGCACUUCCGGAUGUCAGCAAAUUUCCGAACUUUUUCCAUAUAUAAG